GACAGAGUAAUUACAGCUCCAAAAUCACAGAGAGCGAAAGUGAGACGCCCAACCCAUAUUCUCCGCCGAUUUCCAGGAUAAUAUUUACGGAAUUUCUCACUUUCUGGCCUAAAAAUUUAAAGUGGAGACAGGAAGCUGUCGGUGCCAUUUUGUUGAGACCACCUUGAAUUUCAACACCACCACUUCACCAGUUCUUGAGGUCAGAGGAAACGACACACCUGUACUCCAGAGUCCAAAGGAGACUUGAUCUGAUCUGAGGUUUAACCUGCUCUUGGUUGCAGGAAAGAAAAGUUGAUAAAUUCUUUUUCACCUCGAGGUCACCUGACAGACAGAUUUUAUGGACACAGGAGGUAACGGAGAGGGGCUGAACUGCUCCAACGCCAGGCCGGUCAAGCUCGUUGUCGUAGGAGAUGGUGCCGUCGGAAAGACCUGUAUGCUCUGGUCCUACACAAGAAAUGCAUUCCCUAAAGAAUAUGUUCCCACAGUGUUUGAUAACUUUUCACAACUAAUGAAAGUUGGAGAUGAGAACGUGAAUCUAGGAUUGUGGGAUACGGCGGGGCAAGAAGACUACGACAGAUUGAGACCACUCUCAUAUCCACAGACAGAUAUAUUCUUAGUAUGUUACAAUGUAGUUGGUGUCGCAUCACAAGCAAAUGUAGCAACUAAAUGGAUACCUGAGUUACAGCAUCACGCACCAGGUGUUCCUUUUAUCUUAGUCGGUACCAAAAUAGAUCUGAGGGACGCCCCUGACCAUGUCAUCUCCCCUGCAGACAAGGGCAAGCUACCCUUCAGGAAAGAACAAGGCACGAGGGAAGCCAAGAAACUAGGAGCAGUAGCCUACAUGGAAUGCUCAGCUUUAACACAGAAAGGCCUUAAAGAUGUCUUUGAGAAGGCUGUAAUGACAGUGCUGAACCCGCCCAAGCCAAGGAGUAACAAAAAACCCUUAUGUCGUAUUAUUUGAGUCCAGCAUAGCGCCAUCUAUUGGCACUCCCAUGUACAGUCCUUUUUUUUCUUCUUCGUUCCAUCAUCUAUAACAGCUGUGGUCCACUUCCGUUUCACGUCUUCUGUAUCUAAUCUCUCUGCUGCACGUCGGCGACGGCAUCGUACGCAGAGCGAGAACUUUGAGAAUCGUUCAGUGGACUCGUAUGCAGGAGAAAGAGGGGCUUCGUUCGGACUCUGUACAGAAAUAAUUUACCUGCCAUAAAAAUGGUUGAUAAAUACUUCUCCAAGGCUCUUCUUUCUCCUCUAUAUUGGGACGGAUAAGCUGAAUUUUGUAGCAGCUUGGAAUUGUUGACUAAUAUGCUUCUUGUUGCCCGUUUCCAUGGCAAUGAGAUGCGGUUCAUCCUGCAUCGUGACCAUUAUACUAAUAGGGGGAGCGUAUGCCUCCUUGGGGAAAGCCACAUUGGAGCUUAUUGUGUUAUUAAUCUUAGUUUUAUUUAGGGGAAGCACCUCGGGGAGAAAUGCCUUCAAGAUGAAUUGAAAUACUGUAUUUUGUUGGAUCCCUUUUCUUAACAAGCAGCCAAUCUGGGGCCCGUUUCACAAAGCCUUUUUUCAAUGACAAAUGUCAAAAAUCAGUGACAAAUCUGCUGAUAACCAAUCAGAAGCAAGGAUUUCAGUAGCUUAUAACAUCAACUGUUAUUUGUCACUGAUGACAAGUUUUGAAACGCCCCCCUGAAUCAGGUGUUGAUCAAAGAGUGAUGCGAGUUUAGAGAAAAUAUGCCUAGGCUUAUAUUUAUUCCUAGCAACAGUUAUGUAUUCCUUGAUAUGAUCAGUAGCGAUGUAUUAGACUCGAUGGUCCAUGCAUCGGCAAGUCCAAGUCAUUUGGCCCUUUAGUGUCCCACAUGUCACCAAGUUUUAUGGUAUCAUGAGCAUGAAAUUAUCAUCAGAAGAAUAAUUUACUUUCUAUUUGGUCUGAUGCAAGCUCCAGUAGGGUUUGCAAAUUGAUGAACUAUUCAGGUACAUGCAUACUACAUAAACUCUUUUGUGAUCUGUAAUGUAUGGGACAAUAAUAGCUUAGAUUUGCCGACAUACGGACCAUACAACCUAAACCUUCAAAUUUUCAUCCAGACAAUAAAUUUAAGGUAAAGAUAUCUCUCCUGCUGCCACUUCUACGAUAAACAUUCUCAUCUGUCUGUACAGUGUUAUCCCAACAAAUUUUGACAUACGUGGGACUAGGACCAUUCGUCGUGUGUAAUUGUCUGUCGUUUUAUACUUCGCUAUGCAUUUAUACAGAAUGAGAACAAGUUUUUGUUGAUAUAUCAGGAUAAAGACCAUCAAAAUCUUUGCAUUCUCACACAAUAUGGAAUUCUCGAGUCCAAAAAAAAGCAAUUUUUAAAUUAACUUAUAAAUAUCUAUACAUCUAUAUAUAUAUAAAUAUAUAUAUAUCUGUUGUAAAAAAUAAUAUGCAUGAUUUUCUUCCACCUUUAAAUGUUCAAAUGGUCACUAGAAUAUCACUUUUCAUUGAGAAAAUACCGGUAUUGAUUAAUAGUGUUAGCUAUAUGCUUUAGUCCUCUACACUUGUGUUUAUAUUCUUUGUAUAUAUACGUACAGUAUCCCUAUCUCUCUUUCUCUCCCUGUAUGUUAUUUUCUAAGUGUCUCUCUCUUUUGGUGUACUGACAGCAACUUGUAUGUUAUUGAUGAUUUUGAUGGCAUUUGGGUUAGGUGAAGGAAAUCGUACACUUUUGAAUGACAUUUUAUAAAAAGGUUGAAAAAAUGAAAAAAAGUGUUCUUUAAUGACCCCAGAAUAAGUUAUAGUUGGUCAUGACAUCCUUUAGCAUCUAAAUUGUCCAGAAAAGCCUUUUCUGUAUUAAACUUUCAGGACUACCCGGGGCCGACCUUGCGAGUAAAUAGUAGAUUGGUCAAUUUUGGUUUAUCAAUGAAUAUUAGUGAGGCACAUAGAAAGCAAAUGCAAGAACUACACCUGAGCUUUGGAAGAAACUAACCCUCUGUAACAUCGCCAGGUUUGAUUCUUUCGUUUAGAGGCACAUAAGGCAGUAGCCCUGCAAAAUGGUGUGAUAACAUUUUCUAGCCUUAUUCAUAUAUGUGUAAAUAUCUACUACAAUGAUUUGAAUGAAGUAAUUAUAGACAAAAUUGGAAGGAGAAAAUGAGAAAGGAGAAAAGCAGAAAUAUUGUGAGGAUAUACAUGUGUGCCUGUUGAUGUAAAGUGAAAAUUGAAGUGGAUUUUUUUUUGCCCAAACUUUGAUAGGAAACACAUCUGUCAGUUGUUGCAAGUAAGUAUUGUUCGUUUUUUAUUCUCUUUCUGUGUGAAAUUGUGAAUUUGAAUAUGCAUUCUUUAAUGGAAAUAGUAUUAAUGAUAUUAUUGUGAUGCUCUAAGAAUUAAUUUCCUUUUUUAAAACAAAUUUUGUUGUGCAGGCACAGAAAAAGUGAUGAUUUUUGUAAUUUUGUUUUGUACAGGCACGGAAGAUUUGUUAGAUUUGCAAGGAAAUGGAGUUUUAGUGAGUUAAUUUGAUUGAGUUGAUCCUGGGACUCACUCAUUAGGUGGUCAGGGCUGUAACCACAAGGCCACAUCUAACCUAGCCACUUCACUGCGUAUUGUUUUUUUUUUUUAAUGUAGAGGCAACAUGUUGACUUUAGUUGUAUAAUAUAUUCAGUUCUUAUAUAAUGGUACCAACAAUGUUUGAAUUAGUGAGCAUGGUUUAAAUAGUGCACCUCUGAACUUCUUUCUUCUUCUUUUUUGUUGAAGGAGGUAAAAGAAAUAAACUCGAUACUUUUAUUUGAACUAUGACUAAUCAUGUAAGAAAUGUGCGAGUUUCCCACUGUCCUCUUAGCUUGACGCUAGAGAGAAAAUUGCAUUUUUAAACCGAUCUUGUUGGAUCUACAUGCAAUAGAAACAUAGAAGCCCAUCUUUUGCAGCAUUUCGUACUUAUUUCCUUCUUUGUAGCAUGGUAUUCAAUGAUUAUUUUCUCUUAUUUUAUCACAUUAAUGUUUCCAAGAACGAUUGUAAUUGCAGUGAUUCAAGAUCUAUUGAAUUGUGUAAAGUCUGGUAGCUUUGGGAAACGAAGGGGCAUUGAAAAAGACGCGUCCGGAAUACAAAGUGCAUAAUUAUUGAAGAUUCUUGUCUUAUUCCAUUCCGGUAGAACCCUUUACAACAGAGCUAGUAAGCCUGUCUUCUACAGUGAAACCUGUCUAUAAAGAACACCCAAGGGAGGCAAGUAUAGUGGUCUUUAUAGGCAGGUGGUCUUUAUAUUAAGGUGGUAACUAAAGCAGGUUUGACUGUACCUUGAUUGGACAAAUUAAUUCCAUAAAAAGUCAUUGAAGCUUAUCAAAUUGCAACUAUUCAUCCACAGAUACACAAACUAUGUGUGUAUCUUGUAUUUUGCGUGCUAGACGCAUCGUAUCGUUCCACUUUGUUUCGCUAAGCUGUGGUUACACAUCACAAGUCAUUCCUUUUUUUUCCUGCUUCAAACAGAUGAAUUGUAUGUCAAACACCAACAAAAUAAUGAGAUUCUCCAUUUUUCUAUUCUAUCUGUUCCUUGUUGGGUAUGAAAUUUCAAUGAUCAAUUUUGCAUAUUUUUAGUUCUUUUAUUUGUUAGUAUAAUCCUUCGCUAAAUUAUGUUUCUUUUCUAAAAAAAUCACGCCUGUUCUUCCAAACACUUUCUUUUCUUUUCUUUUUUUCUUUUACUAGUUACUGGAAUUUCUUGGGAAGAUAAGUGACGCCAGUUUUGUGUUAUGUGUCGAGUUCUGAUGAAGUAUAUUAGAAUGAAAAUUUGUGUAUGGGGAAUUGGUUUCGAAAGAAGUGCUUGUAAGUCUAGUACCAUAGACAUACAACAGAAUUGUUAAAUGGACAUUAAAUCUAGAUUGUCUUUUUUACCUAUUAUGAAAUUGACCUUGUGAAGAUUCACUUCUGCAUUUUUUUGCGAAACAGUCCGAAGGACAAGUUCGCAGGCAUCACGUUAUAGCAUGUGUUACCGGUAAUUUGAAUACAAGCAUUUCAGUGGCAUUUCGAACUUGUACUGAUAAACAAAUUUUGUGAGCUGCUACCCAGAUAAUAUGUACAUGUAUAUUAUGGAUGCUGAUACCCAUUUUUAUGUAUGCUGCAUGAUAAGUAGCUAUACACAAGGAAGCAUCUCACAAAAUGUUUUAUUCAUCUGUUUUUACAUAUCCUUCUAGGGCUGGUUCGAUGUCACCGAUAACGAAAACCAUGAAAUUGUUUCCAAAUCGGUCUCCUGAAGUUUAUAAGGAAAAGGGGUUCGAUAUUUUAGUUGUAUGUUACGGCUCACCAUUUUAUGCUAAUGAGAAUGGAUUGAAACAGAUAAUUCAAUAUAAGUACCAGAAAUCUGAAAGGUAAUAUCUGCGACUCAUGAGGAAUAAACAUACUGAGAGUAAAAAGCUUCAUUUUAUGUUCUUGCAUCUGUCUUUUCCACAAUUCUCUUAAUGAAAUUGUUAGCUCUUUAACAUUGUAUCCAAUAUAAUCUGCACUGUGUAUAUUUAGUGAACAUUUUGUAAAUUUAACAUUUCGAAAAUGAUUCAGUUUGAAUGUGUUCUUCUGUAGGGCUGAGCAAGGGAUCCAAACUGUGCAGGUUUAGAGCUGACAGGACUCUUCAAAGACUUUUGAACAAUUUGUUUGAAGAAUUCUUUUGAAGGAUAAAAUCUUUGAAGAAAAUGUAUGGAUGUUUUGAAGAAUUUCUUAAGACUUUUUUUUAAAGACUUUUUUUUGAAGGAAAUUAAUGGUAUUGUUGGAGAAUGGAAGCCAUGUCAGUUUCUGGAUUCUGUGUGAGAAACCAAAGAGCUUGUAUCGAAUCUCAAGUCACUUAAUUGGCUGCUGUACGCCUGUGUAUGAAAAUCACUUCUAGAUGAGAUAUAGGUUAAGGUGUUUUGAAACCCUUUCCUCUUCAUUCCACUAGAGUUCAAAUCUGAUGCGAGAUUCAAGCUUGGUUUAUGUCAAGCUUAUCAAAGGAAGUUAGAGUGAGGUCUAAGUUUUCCCCUUGUUUGUAACGACUAACGUCCUGGCGUCUGGUCUAACUGCAGUCAUACCUCGGUCACACCGCCAAACCGACUCAAGACCGACUUUUCAGUCUGUUUGUCAGUCUGGCGUCGGUCUUUUCAGUGUGACUAUGGGUACAAUUCAGGCAUUUGAAUGUAGAAAGUACAUCAUUAUCCAUAGCAAGUCCUAUUACAAAACUUCAAAGCUCAAUUGGUUUUCUCACUGGGAAGUAUAGACGACUCUAAAACUUUGCUGGUACCGGUAUAAACAAAAUGUUUUGGAGUUGACCAAAUACUCCACUUGAAUGAUAGCAACGUAACCAGAUAUCAUAAAGAUGUGUAUAAUGUGUAAUUGUGUAUUGUAUUGUAAUCUAUUCUUGUAUAUAAUACAGAGAUAAGACGGGGGAAAAGUCAGUAUACCAAAUGCACCAAAUGGAUAGAUGGUGCUCUUUGGGGCCGUGUCUCUCCCUUUUUUGUAUGCCUCCAACCAUUUUUUAAAAUUGAAAUUGUAAGGUGAUGGGCACAUAAUUAUUAUUAUUUUUUAUUUUUUUGGCAGUGGAGAAGUUUACAUGUAGCAAGAAAAUGUGUGGCUGAUGUUUUAAUUAUGUAUGUUGAUAAUUGAUGAUGAAUAUGUUAAUAAAUGCCUGGUCUUUAACGCAGGAAUUCAAUUAUGGAAAUUGGAGAAAUUGGAAA